UUUUCUGAGUUCACGCAUCCUUUGAGAGCAUGACACAGACCUGACACCCUGAACACAAUGUGAUCACUGUGUAAUGGCUCAUGCAUGUAAUAUUUAACGUGAUGUGGAGUUAAGCUCGUUAUUGUAACAUGGAGGAAACAGCAGAGGAAGUUUUAGCUAAACAGCAUCGCAAGGAGAAGAAAGAGCUACAAGCUAAAAUCCAGAGUAUGAAAAAUGCUGUACCUAAAAAUGACAAGAAAAGGAGGAAGCAGCUGACCGAGGACGUCACCAAGCUAGAAGCUGAGCUGAAUCAAAAGCAUGAGAAUGAGCUCCGACAGCUCCACAUGUCCCCUGCUGAAGUAAAGGUUGAUGAGGUUACUGAUGCUGUUGAGGGUAUAAAUGUGUCUGGUGUAGAGCAAGCAGAUAUCAAACAGACCAAAAUAUCCAAAGCUCAAAAGAGAAGGGACAAGAAAGCAGCUCAGGAGAAGGAGAGAGAGAACCGCAUCGCUGAAGCUGAAGUAGAGAAUCUGUCGGGAUCUAGAUAUCAGGAAAGCCUAAAACUAACACAAAAACUGGCCGAGAAGCAGCUGCAGAUUAAAGAGAUCUCAUCUGAUGGCCAUUGCAUGUAUCGUGCAGUAGAGGAUCAGCUAACAGGACGCGUCUGUUCUCUCAAGAUCCAAGAACUCAGAGUUCAAACGGCUCAAUACAUGAGGAGCCACAAGGAUGAUUUCCUGCCCUUCCUUACCAACCCCAGUACCGGGGAAAUGUACAGUGCAGAGGAGUUUGAGAAGUACUGCAGUGACGUUGCAGAAACAGCAGCUUGGGGAGGACAAUUAGAGUUAAGAGCCUUGACGCACGUCCUCCAGUUACCCAUAGAGGUCAUUCAAGCGGAUUCUGCUACGAUUGUUAUCGGUGAAGAGUAUGACAAGUCUCCCAUCACUCUUGUUUACAUGAGGCAUGCGUAUGGACUGGGCGAGCACUACAACUCUGUGGAACCACAGAAAGAUGCAGCGGGUGAAGAACAAAGCUGAAGUCAGUUGUCCUGCGAAAAAGAAAUCUCUUUUUCAAACACGUGUCUUUGGUCGCUCCAGAUUUAUAUUAGAUGCUGAAACAGAGAAGAGGAGGUGGCUUCCGGAAGAACCAAGUGAUGUUUGCUAUUUUAGCAGAAUUUUCCUGAUGUGCACUAUACCCAGGUCAUAAUUAAUGUGCAGCUGUUACGUCAGAGGAGAUAGUCUAUAAAGAAGCUUGUCUU